UACCACAGACAUUGCCCUUCCCUGCAUGUUGUUCAUUUUAUCUGUGCAGGUUGUUAAAGUUUGCAUGAACUGGAAGUUGCUGCCAACCUUAUUUCAGUGUAGUGACAUAUUUGAAACUGAAACUGAAAGGGAUCCCAGGAAAUUUGAACUUUUGUGAGCUCUGGAAAUAGUCAUAGUAAAAAAUAAAUAAAUACUAAAAUACACAUCUCAUAAAGCAUUGUAUCCAAUUAAAACUACUACUGAAUAGUAACUAAUCAAAGCAUUAAAAAUGUCUUUUAAAAUUACUAAAUUAUUUGAACACGUUCAAAUAAGUAUGUUUGUAUAAAUCCAAAACCAACAUGCUUGGAGAACUGUCUUACUGAAUUAAAAAAGAAAGCACUUGGCUUGGAAUUGAUGGGCUUUUCUUAGCAGAUGAUGGGAACACAAGAAGCCGAAACAGAGGGAGUCAACAAACAACGGACUGAACAGAUUCUGGACUGGACUGUGAAGAUCUGCAUGGCAUUAAAGCACCUGCAUGAUCAACAGAUCCUGCAUAAAAACCUGCAGCCAAAGAGCUUAUUUUUCACUGCAUGUGGAACCAUUCGUCUGGGAGAGUUUGGAGUGAUUCAUGAAUGGUCCAGUGGUGCACAAAUAACAAACCCUGAAGCACUCUCAUACAUUGCACCUGAGAUUUUGAAAGGCGAACCUUAUGAUGAGAAAUCAGAAAUCUGGAAUCUGGGCUGUAUCAUCUAUGAGAUGUGCAUGCUGAAGUGUGCUUUUGCAGGAAGAAGCACGAUUGAUAUUAUUCCAAAGAUACUAAACGGCUCCUAUGAAGUUCUUCCUACGAACUUCUCUGAGGACCUUCGUCAGCUUGUAAAAGACACACUUCAGAUCGAUCCAGCGAAUCGCCCUUCUGUCAGUGAGAUCUUGAUGAGGCCUUUCAUUAUUAGACACCUUUAUGAAAUGAGCACAAAAACAGUUAAAGAGCUUAUUGUGUGUAAAAAAAAAAAAGAGAUACCCAGUGAGUCUGAAGACAAUCAAGAGGCACCUAAUGAGCCUAAAGUCUGUCUAAAGGUACUAGAAGAGCUGGCCGACGGUUUGGAGAGAGUCCACUUCAACACAACAGUUGGCAGUCUUGCAGGAGGUGUAGUAGGUUUGGCUGGAGGAAUCACAUCUAUAGUUGGACUUAUUCUCACUCCUUUUACUCUUGGAGCUUCUCUGAUAGUCACAGGAGUGGGAAUCGGUGUGGCUGUAGCUGGUGGAGUCGCAUCUGGCAUGAGCAACUUAAUAAAGAUGGCUAACGAGCGAUCAGACCGCCAAAAGGUCAAAUUGCUCAUUACGGAGCUACAAGAAAAAAUUACCUCCACAAUCUACUGCAUUCAAAACAUCCAGAUAGCAGUAGAAACUCAGAGACUGUUAUCUGAAAGCAACGAAUCAUGGUUGAAUGCAGAAUCUGGAAAAGAAACAUUGAUAAGUGCUGGAGCUCGACUUGGGCGAGGGCUGGGAGGAGUUGCAGAGCUUGUCCGUUUAGUUCAAGUCACGGGUGCUGGGAGAAUUGCAGCUCAGACCGCUAGAGUCGUGCGUGUGGCUGAAGUGGCUACAGGGGUUUUGACUGGGCUUUUUGUAGCUGUUGACAUCUUCUUUAUUGCCCUCGACUCCAUAGAAAUUCACAAGCUUCGCAGAGAUUCUGCUUCCACCAACAGAAAUGAGCAAGAGCUGCGGUCUGAGAUCAUGAAAUUUGUGAACAAAAUAAGGGAGACUAAAGAUGAGCUAAAACAGAUUCUGGAUGAAUUAAAUGUCGAACUGCAAUCACUGGAACUUCAGGCAGAACCUGAUUUUACCAAAUACGACAUGUUCCUGGAUCAACAUCUUUGUUAACCCUGGAACAACAUUGUGAUCAACCAAUCAGAUUUGAAAAAACAGUUUAUAGUUUUUGUGAAGUUUAGGCUUACAAUCAGUGUUUGGUGCAUGUACAUCAGUGUCAUUCAUCUAUCAUUUCUUCUGAUUUUAGGGAUUACUCAUGGGUAAGAUUAGGUUUAGGUGUAGGGAUGUGGUCAGGUUUAAAUUUUUGGAUUGAAAUGUCAUUCCAGGGUCAACAAAAUAUGUUGACACAGGAACACAUCUAACUCAGCAAAAUCAGGACGUGUGGAACCUCAGAUAGCAAACUAAGUUCAUAAUGCUUAGUCGUGUUCUUUCAUCAUACACAUACAAAUUUGAUCACAGCAGCAGCAUAUGUUAGGUAAAGGUUUACUAUAUAUUCUGGGUUUUCAUGCUAGUUUUUCAUGUCUAGUUUGAUUAUCACUCAAGAAGAAAAUGAGUGCUCUCUGAACUUCCAAUGAUCCAUUGAUUUUAAAUAUGAAUAUAUUGUGACUUUUCUGUUUUAGACUAUUACGUUUUUAUUUCUUGGUGUUUUGAGAACUUAACAAGGAACAUAUAAGCACAAAUGUCUUUCCUUCUGUGUUUCAGUAAAUGUAAUUUUCCAUCUUCAGUGUAAUUGCAAAUAUCAGUUUAUUUGUCAUUAAAAUUAAUGAUAAUAAUUUACACUGCCUUUAGUAUGAAGCUGUUUAAAAAGCAGUGCAUGUAAUAAUAUGAAAUACAAACAUGACCCUUUUAAACAUUA